GUAAGUAAAUCGUUUGGUUCGGUCGCGUGGAUUUGUAAGAUGACUUUUGAAGAAAACUUAAUCAACGAAGUGCGUACUCAUCCCAUUGUAUGGAAUAAGUGGAAUGAAGAUUAUAAAAACAGGCUUAAAAGUGAAAAAGAGUGGGCUAUCAUUGCAAGGAAUUUGAAUAAAACAACAAAUGAAGUUAAAACUAGGUGGCGAAACUUGAGGGAUGUAUUUCAAAAAGAAUUAAAAAAGGUUCAUAAGCCACGAUCUGGAGAUCCAGGCAGCCCAGGCAGCCUAGGAAAUUAUUCCGGGAAGUGGACAUAUUUUCAUCAUAUGACAUUUUUAAAGGAUGUUAUGGUGCCGCGGCAAACUCACAGUAAUUAUGGCGUUAAUGAUGAUGAAUCACAAAGCGAACAAUCUGUCAAUUGGGAGUUUGAGAUAGAUAAUUCAUCAAGAUCAGAAGAAAUUCCACAGCUGCCUGAUAGAAACAAUUCAACUGAUGAAGAUGAAGCGUUAUCCAUUGUUCGAGAGCGCAUUAUAUGCAGUCAGAGCGCAAGUACAUCCUCUUUGGAGCACAAUGCAAUAAGCCAGAGCGCGAGUACGUCUUCUUUGGAGCGAAAUGUAAGCCAGAGUGCAAGUACGUCUUCUUUGGAUAGAUCUCAAGGAAAAAAACAUAAAAAAUCUACUUGUUCAGAAUUUGAAAUCAAAAUGCUUAAAAUUGAAGAAGACAAAAUUAAAGCAUUUAAAGAAGCUAGAAAUGAAGUUGAUGAUGCAGACAUGCUAUUUUUAAAGUCACUUGCUCCGUAUUUCCAGUACUUAAGCCCUGUACAAAAAUUGAGAUUAAAGAGUAAAAUACAAAAUGUAAUUGCCGAUGAAAUUGCUUUAACGACUUCCCCCUCCCCCUCGAACUCUUCAUAUUCUGCUUCAAUUUUACCAUCUCCAGUACACUCGAACAUGGUCACGUCACCACCGUCUCAAACUCGUCAAUUUUACGAAACAUUUAAUGACGAUGUUUAAAUACCAAACAUAGGUAAUAUUGUUUUUCCUUUUCGUUUUUUUCCAACUUACCUAAAUACAUAAUUAUAAAUUACCUA